AAAUAAGCCUAGAAAAACAUAAAAUUUGUUGUCACUGAAACAUCCUCUGCCUUUUAAGUACAUUUUCCGAUAUCGAUUGACAAGGAAGUUUUUAAGGGUGUUAUUUCUUAUUUCAUUUAGAUUUGGACGUUCGAAAGACCACGAUGGAAAAUAAAGGAUAUGAUCAGCAAGGUCCUCCGCCGGCCUAUAAUCAGCCCCCGGCAGUGGCUUACCAAGGGCAACCUGCCGGCUACCAAGGACAACCGGCAGAAGGGUAUCAACCACAGGGAUAUGGCCAACCUCCCCAGACAGUUGUAGUCACCCAGACUGGUCCAAUUGUACCGCGGCCGCCUGACUAUCUCAUACCGUCUAUAGUUGCCUGUUUUUGUUUCUGGCCAACUGGACUGUUUGCCCUAAAAUAUGCUCUGAGGGCUAACUCCCUUGUCGGACAAGGGGACAUGCCCGGCGCCCAGGCUGCAUCCAAUACGGCUCGAACUCUCAUGAUAGUCAGUAUAGUCGUUGGUGUUGUCUGGGUAGGAAUCGUCAUCAUCCUGUCAGCCACAGGGACUCUGGAAACAUAUUCCUACAGGACACAUGCAUACAGAACGUACUAAGGACAACGGCUUUAUAAAAUUUUGACUGGUUAUUAGAUAUUCGUGUUGUUUCAACACUUCCUGGUAUCUCUGUCACUGCAUAAAUUAUAAAUAUUG